AUGUUACAGCAAUAUGGAAGUACCGAUUCAUGUGAUAAAGAAGACAAUAAUUAUGGAGUGCAUACUUGGGCUUCAGGAUUUGAAAAAUUAUUAAAAGAUCCCGUUGGUCUACAAACAUUUGCCGAAUUUUUGAAAAAAGAAUUCAGUCAUGAAAACAUUUACUUCUGGGCAGCUUGCGAGAGGUACAAAAAUACCGAUGACACGUCAAAUAGACGUACACUAGCUUGGAAAAUCUAUGAACGUCAUCUGUCAGCGACUGCUGGUGAGCCAGUAAAUGUUGACAGUCAUGCGGCUGGACAAAUUACGCAAGAGUUAAUCAAUUAUGCUCCUGCUGAUCUUUUUCUGCAG